AUGGACUACUCACACACGUCUCCUCACAUGUCGCCGUCGGCUGCCUCGUCGGCUGCUGUUGAGCCCAAGACGGUUCGGUUUCAGCUGAUCUCGCCGGACUCACCGCACACCACGGCUCGCCUGCCCAUGCGGGUGCAAAUCUACCCCCAUGAUGCCACAGACUCGAUUGUCACUACUGUCAAGAACUUUUAUGGCCUGUACUCAAGCCCAACAAGCUCUAAGGGCGUCAGUUUUGAGGACGAGGCUGGCAAUACCAUGAUUGCCCGCUACGAGAACUUCCGCAACAACAUGGUGGUCUACGUGCGCGUCAUUGAAGAGCCAGCGCUGUCGCCCAGCGGCUAUGCCUCACGUAACUACCAAUCGCCCCCGGCGGUUGCCCAUGGCGCCAACCCGUCUGACCUGCCCUAUCCAAAUGGCGCGGAUGGCGGCCAUCCGCCGGCCAAUGGGUACUACCCUGGCCAUAGCGCUUCGUCGCUGCAGCAUUUCCACCACCUACAAGAGCAGCACGGCGAAUACAUCUCGCGCCCGGGCUCUCGCACGUCGCGCAAGCGCAGUGUGUCGCCGAACGGCAACCGCGGCCGUCGCAGUGACUCGGCUAGCACCAACUCCAAGAACCGCUCGCGCUCGUCCAAGAACCGCCAGCAGUCGGAUGCCUAUGGCCCCGACAGCAUGGCUGGUUACAGCAGCGGCGAUGGCGCUCCUGGCUCCAACAAUGGCAGAGCAAAGGAGCAGCAGCCCAUUGGAAACACCGACAUCAGCCUUGAAAACAUUGUCGAGGGCGGCCGUCGCAAGCGGGCCAAGUUCGAGAGCUCAGAACUUCCGCUUUUCGCUCCCCCGCAAAUGCCUGCGGCCACCUCAAAUCCCUCGGUGUCUCCUGCCCGUCGCUCCGACCAACGUCCUUCCCUUCCCUACGUCCACCCGGGCCAGAACCCCUUUAGCGGUGCUGGCGCCCUGCACUCGCCACAGCACUAUAACACACACUUUGGCCAAGGCGGCGUUUACGCCACACCGGGCUCCGACGGGCGCCGCACACGUGCAAGCAUUGGCUACCCCCACAACGGUGCUAAUGGCGGGAGCGUGGGUGUUCUUCCCACCCCCGAUCCAACUGUCAGCUCCAUGUCGGAGGAGGACAAGGACGUUGCCAUGCAGCUGAUGCGCCUCGGUGAGAUCUCAAACAUCUCCUACGGUCGCACGUCCACGUCCACCCAAGAUGAUACUUUCAGCGGCCGCGCUGAUGCCGCGUCGUCGACCGGUGCGACGAGCGACUCGGAGAGCGAGAGCGACGGUGAGAACAGCGAGGACUAUGAUGAUGGCGAGGAGGAGGUCGCCCCGCCUCACCGCAAGCAGAGACUGGAUCUGGAUGGGGCCAGCCGCAAGAUCUACCAGUCCGUGGAGCCCGCUGAUGACGACAACGCCGAUACCGAUUACAAGGAUAGUAUGCAGUUGCCUGGCCUCAUGGCCGCGCCCAAGCUGAAGAAGGUGACCAAGGCAAACGCUGCCAACGGUGGCGGCCCCAAGCAGGCUCGUCCGCAGGCUACGGCCACUUCCAAAAAGCCCAAGGCCAGCAAGGCCAAGGCUGCCAGCAACACCGUGCAGGUCCCUGGCGCAAACAGCGCGAAGACCCCCACCACCAAUGGUGCCGCCAAGAGCAAGAAGGCCAACGGUGCCGCCACUGCCAUCAGUGUGCCCAUGUCUCCGGCCUCGCUGCCGCCGUCGCGCAAGCUCUCCGUCUCCUCCACCGGUGGUCUGCCUCCCCCUCCUGCCGGGCCUGGUGCCAUUGCUGGCCCUGGAGGCGUCGUUGACGAGGACGUUGCAGAUCUCUCAAGCAAGCCCCGCUGCCAGCGCUGCCGCAAGAGCAAGAAGGGCUGCGAUCGCCAGCGCCCCUGUGGCCGUUGCCGGGAUGCCGGUAUUCCCGCCGAGCUGUGCAUCAGUGAAGACGAGGGCAAUGGACGUAAGGGCCGCUAUGGCCGGCACAUGGGCGUUCCCGUGAAGAACACGGCAGGCGGCGCCUCCUCUACGUCUAUGCAGCCGCCGCCGCCGCCGCCACCCCAGCAGCUGCUGCAGCUACCCCAGCAGGCGCCUGUCCCCCAGACGCAACACCACCAGUCGCCGCACAACUCUGUGCCGACGGCCAUCCCAUCGCCGUCUCACCAGGCUCCGCAUAUUCAGGCACCCAUUCAGCAGAUCACGCUGGCGCCACAGCUCCCACAGCUGCAGCAGAUCCUGCCGCCUCAGGUGCCCUCACAGCCUCAGCCGGGCCAGCAAGUCAAGACGUUACCCGCCCUUCUCCCGCCGGCUCACAUCUCCUCCACGCCUAUCAUCGCCCCCACGAUUCCGGCUCUGAUCGCAGCCAGCUCUGAAAAGAACAAGAAGCGCAAGCGGUAA